CGCCGCAGACGCCUUUUCCCAAAAGAUCAUCAUGAUCACACCCCCAGAACCAGUAAGCAGCCUCACGGCAUCGAAACCUCUGGACCACGUUUAGCUCUCACCCAAAUUGAACCCGACCGUUGAAGGGGAAAGAGGAACAAGCCCUGUCGCCACGGGCUCGCCGUGAAAGUCGAAUCCUCCUCCCUCCCCCAUGAGCCAAACCCGCCGGGUCCCGACCUCCCGAUCUCCCCCCUACAUCACCGGACAAACCUCAGCUUCAGCCUCGAACCUCAGCUCCAACUUACGUUUCCCCUUACCAUCUCUAGGCAAGGUAGGUACACCAAGAUCUGGGCACCCUCGCUCGAGCGAUUGUUACACGCCUCGCCAAAAGUCGCCGAUUCUUCCUUGUCGUCGCCCUCCAAUUCCGAUCACAGAAAAACUUGGGGCGCGCAAUCUCUCGAACCAAGAAACCUGUUCCUCCCCGUCGUUUGAGGCGUUGCGCGCCGUCAUCUCUUUUCUUCCAUCAACCCGUGCCCUACCACGUACACCGUCAACUCCCUCCUCCCACCCUUCUGACAACCUCGCACUCGAAGGAGACGGACAAACUCGAGGUUUAGUCAAGGGCAAAACCACGCUUAUCCGUACUUCCCUAACCUCCGUGCCUCCCCUCCUUCGCGCUUGACCGAACCCCCCAAACCAACCGCUCUCGGAUCGAGGUAUCUCCGUGACUGUUUUCCCCAAACAGACGGCGCAAAAAGAGAUGAGAGUCCGGUUCCCGCAUGCGGCGCAUCGGGACCUCCCGUACGAUUGAGGAUUCGUCGCCCCGGAGAAUUCCAUCAA